UUGAAGGGUUUUAUGAUUAAUGGCAAGGAAGAUCACAUAUGCCUAUUGAAAAAACCCUUGUAUAAACUUCAAAUGAUUAGAAUUGAAAGGGAGCACAAGACCGCUUAAUUUCUAUCCACCGAGUAAUUUGUCUGGUUCAGUAGAUAAUUACAUCCUCCGAAAUUGACGACCGCCAUUUGCGUUAAAGUUUUUGUCUUCGUUUCAGUUAUGGUCAUUUUGUCAUACGUACUGAUGGAAUUUAAUUUCUUUAUCUUAUUAUAAUGAUAGUUUUUUUUUUUUUUUACUUUAUAACUUUAAUCAUCGACACAUACUGAUUCAAGACCACUUGUCUUUUAUCGCGAGAACAUUUAUCUUCCACUUUGUAAAUCUCCCACUUGAAAGAAAAUGGAGAGAGAGCAGCAAAGUUUGUCUCUUAAUACACCUUUAUGUGAAGGAAACGGUGUCGGACUUUACGAAGAAAGAAACCAAGAAAGGGGUAUCAGCAAGAAGGAGAUUCUUGAAGAAGUGAAAAGGCAGCUAUGGCUAGCAGGUCCUUUAAUAUCUGUGAGUCUGUUGCAAUAUUGUAUACAAAUGAUUUCUGUGAUGUUUGUAGGUCAUCUUGGUGAGUUAAGCUUGUCUGGUGCUUCAAUGGCCACUUCCUUUGCGAGUGUCACUGGUUUCAGCCUUUUGUUGGGAAUGGCAAGUGCGCUUGAUACAUUUUGCGGGCAGGCAUAUGGAGCAAGGCAGUUUCAUAUGCUCAGCAUACACAUGCAGAGAGCCAUGGUUGUUCUUUUACUUGUUAGCAUACCCCUCGCCAUCAUCUGGGCAAACACAAGACCUAUCCUAAUUGCCUGUGGCCAACAAAAAGAUAUAGCAGAGGAAGCUGGACUGUAUGCUCGUUUCAUGAUCCCAAGCCUUUUUGCAUAUGGUCUUCUUCAAUGCCUGGUCAAAUUCUUACAGACUCAGAACAUAGUAUUUCCGAUGAUGCUAUGCGCAGGAAUCACGACUUUACUUCACAUCCUUGUAUGUUGGGUUCUGGUUUUCAAAUCUGGCCUUGGAUAUAUAGGAGCUGCAUUGGCUAGUUCAUUCUCUUAUUGGAUCAAUGUAUUACUUUUGGUACUUUAUGUCAAGUUCUCUUCUUCAUGUUCAAAAACUUGGACAGGCUUUUCAAAGGAGGCCUUCCAAGAUAUUGUUAAUUUUAUGAGGCUUGCAAUUCCUUCAGCUGUUAUGGUUUGCUUGGAAAUGUGGUCUUUUGAAUCGAUGGUUCUUAUGUCUGGUCUGCUCCCUAAUCCAGAAUUGGAGACUUCAGUUCUUUCUAUUAGCCUUAAUACAGCUGCAACUGUUUGGAUGAUCCCUUACGGACUAAGUGGUGCUGCCAGCACCCGAGUCUCAAAUGAGUUAGGAGCACAGCAUCCAUACCUCGCACGAUUAGCAGUUCGCGUUGUCAUCACAAUUGCUGUUGCUGAAGGCAUUUUGGUGGGAAUAGUCUUGAUAUUGAUUCGCAAUGUUUGGGGCUACGCCUAUAGCAAUGACAUAGAAGUUGUUGACUAUGUAGCAGUCAUGUUGCCUGUUGUUGCGACAUCCAACUUCUUAGAUGGACUCCAAUGUGUUCUUUCAGGCGUUGCCAGAGGAUGUGGUUGGCAGAAGAUUGGUGCAUACAUCAAUCUUGGAUCAUAUUAUUUGGUGGGAAUCCCCAUUGCAAUUUUAUUAGCUUUUGUCGUUCAUGUUGGAGGAAAGGGCCUUUGGCUGGGGAUAAUAUGUGCACUCAUCGUGCAAGUUUUUUCUCUUGCCACUAUUACUAUUCGUACAAAUUGGGAGCAAGAAGCAAAGAAGGCUACUGAAAGAGUAUAUGAUGAAGUAAUUCCAGUGGAUACAGUAUCAUGAAGCUGCUCGUUUCCUGCACCAAAAAAUGUUGGAAACAUUUGCUGGCAGGAAGUAAAUGUAGCUGGCUGACAAUAUCUACGGAUCUAUCAACUUCAACUUCAUAUCAUCUCUUAUCAUCAUUAGCAUUUAGCUGUGGAUGCAUGCUGUGCUUGACAGAAAUUUAUCUGACAAGAAUUACCAUAAUUCUACCAUUAGUACUCUAUCAAAUACAUCUAUGUCUGUGUAUGUACAGAAAUAAAAUGGCCUGAAAAUGUGCAAGAAUAGAA